AGGCGGCCGCGGGGAGCAAUCAGCCGGCUACGACGAGCAUCGACGUCAUUGAUACGUAACUCGUCAUGGCCAUUGCCUCUCAUUCAACCAGUGAUAAACGCACAUCGGCGACGAGUUCCUGUCAGAAAUGCUGCGCUCUUAAAUUGCCGCCGAAAUCCUACAGCUGCCUCAUGCAUCUUUGUUUGCUACCAACACAGCACAAAUGUCAACCGUCGCCGCACGAAGCGCGGCGGUUUUAUCACAUAUUAGAAAAUGACUGAAGGUUCCCGAAAGCAAUAUGAGAAGCCGUCCUUCUAUCGCACGUACUACAGCCAGCCGCUGAGUAGGGGUGAAGUUGAAUUAUUUAUUUCAACCAAUGCUUGCAAGUCAAGUUGGCCGUGUGGUUUUUAAAUUUAAGAUGUGUGUGCGCGUGUGGCUUGAGGUUGGGCAUGCGUGUGAACCGCGUCGCUCGGCUCUUGGCCGAUCGCUGGCGCUCGACUGGCGAGUGUGGGUACGGGGCGCGCGCGGGGGAGAUAUUAGCGCCUUCGUGCAGAAGGUCGUCUUCAAUCUGCACCCGCCGAGCGCGUUCUUCUAUCCAAAAAGAGUGCUUCACGAGCCGCCUUAUGAAAUCCAAGAAUCUGGCUGUGCGUCGAUUAAUAUUCCGAUCCAUGUGUACCUGAAGUACAGCAACAAGCCAAAGAAAAUACGUCUCCGUUAUAGUCUACAUAUUGACAGCAACAACAAGGCUAACUCUGAGUCUAAGUGUGUUUACUACGACUUCGACAGUCCCGAGGAUCAGCUGUUCAGUGCAUUAAUGAAGGGCGGAGGAGAGAUAAUUGCGCGCGCUAGCGGAUCUGACAGCGUUGGCAAUAAGCUCGUAGUGCUGCCCUCGGCCGAGGAGAGGAAGUACUUAAAAAUGUCAAAAUCGAAAAGGUAUAAGUUUAUCGCACCUAUUCAUUGUAAGCACACCGCUAAACAGACGAGGGCGUUUAUUGUCGACGAGAUAGUAUGUCAGAAGUGUGGAGAAACAAUUGACGCCGAUUUGAGGAAACAGUUACGCACAGUCAAGAUGACUGAAGAUGAAAUAGACCGUGUAUCACACUUAUACUUAUCCUAUAGUAGCUAUGAGAAAUCAGCGAAUGCUCUAGAAUUGCCUCCUUUUACAAAUCCUAUCUAUAGUGUGCCGGAGCUUCCAGUGUCUUUACGUCGCGAUGUCUCUAAUUCUAAGAUAGACUAUACGGUAUUAUGACGUGUUUUUUGUAAUCUGUGCCAUUUUAAGUUAAAAAAUUCUUACUCGUUUAUGAAAUGUGGUGAUAUGUUUACAAUGGUUUCAAAUUGAUAUAAAUAUUGUUAUUAGCUGUUGUGAAAUUUAAAGCGUGCUGUGAGUUAGAUCUCGAUAAUAUUAAUUUCUUGUUAAACUUUUUAUAAGUUUUAAAUAAAAAAUAUUUAUUUAUUUAGUUUACCUAGCUUACUAAUCAACAAAAUAUCUGUAUAGAAAAAAUAUACUUAUUCAAAUACAGUUCUAACACCAACGUAAUUUUAGUUAUUUAAGUUAACUUAUUUUUAUUUAGUCGACCUAAAUUGUGUUUUUGUUAUGUAGUAGAUAAAUAAUUUUUGGCUUAAAUACGAUUAAUGGUUAAACAGAUAUAGUUAAAAAUGUUUAUAUAUAAUUAAUAUAUUGUUUUAGUUAUAUUUUAUGACAUCAACUGAAUUAUGUGCAAUGAUAUUAUAAUAUAGUAAGAAUGAGCAGAUAUUAAGUUAAUGCAUGCACAUCGUGACUUAUGUGCGACCCGAUUGGGACGCAUUUUGACAGUAAGUGUUUUUUACUUGCACUCAUAAUAUGAUAAAAGCUAGCUGUAUUUUUUUUCUUAUUGUUUUACGACACCGCCGUCAUUAUAACUUCAUUUCACUGUGUCAGUGUGUGGAACAGUUCACUUAUUUUAUUAAUUGGAUGUGUAUCUAUAAUAUUAUACUUUAACAAUGUUACGGCUAAUUACUAUACAAACGUCUCAAACCUAAAAUGGCGACCGGAGAUUAUUAUUUUCAACCCAUUUUUUGCAUUUCAAUAACCGUCUAUGUAACUUUAUGGUGAUGUUUUUUUCAAACCGUUUUUUAUCGUAUUGGUAACUUGAUGUUUGUGUGAAUAUGAAAGAAGGAGAAGAAACCGUUAUGUUAUACUGGUUAUAUGAAUUUGGAAAUUCUGAUAGACAUAUUGAAAUGCAUAUUGAGUACCGAUAGACGGAUGAUUACUCAUAAUUAUAAAUAAUCUUAAGUUAGAAUUGAUUAGCUCACAGAACAAUAAUCAAGUAUCAAGUACCAUAGCAAUUAACUAUUGUGUGGCGUAGAUACGUGUUAUUUAAAUAACAAUAGGGUCUUUAAACAAGAGUAUAUUAAAACGCGAGGUAAUUUAGAAAAAAAAUUAUUCCUCCUAUAAAAGGAAGUAAUUCUGCCUCUAGAGCGUGAUAGUAAUAUGUUGGCUAGUCAGACUAUGGCAAAUUGUAAAACUAGUUUCAUUUUUUUUUAAUUCAGGUUUUAAUCUGAGUUAGGUAUAAUAAUUAUAAACAAAAUAAACAGGGUAUUUUAUAUG